AUGAUAUCAAUUCAUCAAAUUGUGUCUCUCAGCUACUUUUGCGGAUUUUUAUCUAGUCAGGCAGCCUCUGAGGUGGUUGAACUCAAUGACAAGUUCCUCGAUACUUACAAAGAAGGACGAUGGCUUGUAAUGAUUUGCGCACCUUGGGACACUCAAUGCCAACAAUUGGAGCCAAUCUGGGCCGAUAUCUCGCAGGAUCUCGAGGCGGUGUCCAUGAACGUUGGACGUCUUGAUGGCACGAAAUUUACCAGUGUGUCUGAAUACUUUGGCGUCCAAACAUAUCCUACUAUAUUAUUUACGAAAGGCGACAAAACGACUAUUUACACCGGCGACCAGACUCACGAGGAAUUGGUUAAAUUCGCACUCCGUGUGAACGGUCCCCUGGUGCAAGAGAUUACAAAAGCCAGCAAUUUCGAUAAGAUUAAAAAUUUUUUAGACUUAUACUUCCUAUAUAUCGGUGAAAGAUCAGGAGAUCUCUGGGAUGUCUACGAGAGAAUAGCCGAGGACUUCCAGCCGUUCGUCUUUUUCUAUCAAGCUCAUCCUGCAAUGGUGGAGAGCCACGCACCAAAGGAGAAAGUUCCUGCAAUCCUCGUCUAUAAGGAGAAUGAAUAUUACGGAUUCACAGGGAACAAUGAGACUGACUUAGAAAAGCUCUACUCUGCAUUGCACACUUGGGUGAACGAAGAACGUUUCCUUACGUUUCCACAAGUGACACGAGGCAAUAUACAGCAAUUAUCCCGAAUAAAUAAGUACUUAGCCAUGGCAGUGAUAGAUGAAAAUGCCUCCGUCGCUGCAGCUCCAGCCCUAUCGAGGUUUCGUGAGAAUUUUGAAUCUAUAAUAAAGGAGAAACGAGAUAAAUAUCACAAUCACUUCCAAUUUUGUUGGAUCGCAAAAUCCGAACUACUGCACAGUAUUGUCGUACUGGAAGUGCCAAUGCCCAGUUUAAUCGUCGUAAAUACCAGCUCAUCCCUUUAUCACGCACCAGAGGAUGAUCUUGAGACUUUAACUCCUCAGGCAAUCGAAACUUUUCUGGAGCACAUCAUGAACAACACGGCCCCCAAGAUCGGGGGCGAGGGUUUGGUUACAGAAAUCUACAGAUACUACUUGAUAAUUAAAAGGAGUAUCAUCAAUCUGUGGAAAGAAAGUCCUCUACUGCUGUUCGCUCACUUAGCAUGCCCGACUCUACUUUUCUUAUAUUCUUGUGGUAUAUCCUGCUGUGCCUGUCCCCUUCACUUCGAUGACGAUGACGAGGAGGAAGAUGAGUCCGAAUGA